AUGAACACCAUAAGCAGACCAUUCCAACUCCUCUCUCGCACCCGCCCUAUCCGCCCACACCCUCUAUCCCCUAUAAUCCCAAAGCGCUUCGUCGGCAUCCCCCCCGCCUUCCUCCUCGACGACUACAUCCCCCGCUACCAACUCCUAACAUCCGUCGACGCAUCAAAGAAACGGUCGCGGGCAUAUGCACACCUCCGCGAAUGCAAUCUCUGUCCGCGAAAGUGCGGCGUGAACCGAUAUGAGACGACAGGAGUGUGUUUGAUCGGGGCGGAAACGGCCAAGGUCAAUGUGAUUGCGCCGCAUCGGGGGGAGGAGCCGUGUAUUCAGGGAUAUCAUGGGAGUGGAUCGGUGUUUUUCUCGGGGUGUAAUUUGCGGUGUGUUUUUUGUCAGAAUCAUGACAUCGCACAUCAACGGAAAGGAUUCGAUCUUACGCCGGAAGAACUUGCGGAGUGGUAUAUGAAGCUUCAAAUGAUAGGGAACGUGCAUAAUAUCAAUCUUGUCACGCCGGAGCAUGUCGUCCCUCAGGUGGCGCUCUCGAUUCUCGCCGCGCGCGAUAUGGGCCUCAAGGUCCCGAUUAUAUACAACAGCUCGUCGUUUGACUCGCUCGAAUCUCUAGAGCUACUAGACGGCCUUGUCGAUAUCUAUCUACCUGAUUUCAAGGUCUGGAAGAAUAGCACAUCGAAACGAUUACUGAAAGCCGAUGAUUACACCGCGACCGCAAUGGAGAGCGUCAAGGCCAUGCACAACCAGGUAGGCGAUUUGUCAUUUACAUCAGACGGCAUCGCGAAGAAGGGUGUUCUGCUGCGACAUCUCGUCAUGCCCGGGAAGGAAGACGAGGGACGGGAAAUCAUGCGCUGGCUGGCGGAGAAUGUGUCCAAAGAUCUAUACGUGCAUAUCAUGGAGCAAUAUCAUCCGGAUGCGCAUGUGGGGAAGAAGAGGCGAGUUUUGAAGAAUACGCAGGAUGGGGAGAGAGAAGAGGUGAGGUAUGCGGAGAUCAACCGCGCUGUUAAGGACGAGGAAUUGGGAAGUGUGAGAGACGCUGCUGUAGCGGCGGGUUUGUGGCGGUUUUGCGAAGUGGAUGAAAAUAGUAGUGCAUUUCAUCUCUGA